AAACAAAAACAGCUGUCAUUUUAUUUUCCUUCGUCAAGUGAACUCGUACUCCAAUAUUAGAACAAAUUUCGCUGAAACAUUUAUUUGCUGCAUAAACGAAGAAAUAUUUAUAAAUUUUACUCGAUGCGCACGAGUCAGUACAUUAUUUUAAAUGCGAAAAUAAUUAAAAAGUGAGAAUCACAAGGAUUCGGCUGGAAGUUGACAUCGGUGUUGGCGUUGGUGUUAAGCUAAUCAAAGAUGGAAGCGAUAAAGAAUAUUUCGCUGGGUAUAAUAUACGGCCUGUGGGAUAGCAUCAAAGGAAUGACACUACUACUACACAUCGAUGCUGAAAUACACAAAAUAAAUGCGGAAAAAGAGGCUGAAAAGCAGCGUCGCAUUAAAGAACGGGAACGUCGCCAUCAUCGCACUCCAUCACCAACACCUUCGUCAGCUGCGGCAAUGGCUAGAGAGGAGUUGAAAGAACUGUUGCAAAUCAGUGAACAAGAGAAACCGGACGAACGCAGUUUAAAUAGUAUGCUAAAGCGUACGAAAAAGAGUCAAUCGCAUGAACCAAAACCGGAGAAGAAAAUUGCUAAACAGGUCUUGAAAUGUUGUCUCCUAAAUGGCGGUUUCACAUGGCUGAGUAUCAUAUUGUUUGAACAAUUGCUGUUGCCAGCGCUAAGAUUUGUUUUGAGUUUAUUUUAUGGGAAUCAUACGUCUGAGCUGAAUAUGGUAUGGGGUUGGGUACAACCUAUACUAUCGAUUAUUUUCGGCAUGAUGUGGGUGUUGCCAAUUUUUCUGCUAAGUAAAAUUGUCAGCUCACUAUGGUUUGCGGAUAUUGCAAAUGCUGCUUAUCGGGUGCGCAAAGGUCAACCGCAGUUGAUACCCAACAUCAGCAAGUUAAUCGCCGAUUUUUUGUUCAAUUUGCUGGUGCAAGCACUAUUUCUGGUACAAAGCAUGCUGGUGAACUUAUUACCCGUACCCUAUUUAGGCGAAGCAUUAUGUUUUCUACAUUUAUGCCUGCUCUAUUCAUUAUACUCGUUCGAGUACAAAUGGUUCAACAUGGGCUGGGAGUUGCAUCGUCGCUUGAGUUAUAUUGAGAAUAACUGGCCAUACUUUUUGGGUUUCGGCAUACCCCUAACCGUACUAACCAACAUGACGAACUCCGUUAUUGUAAGCAGCUGCAUAUUUUCUAUAUUUUUUCCACUUUUCAUCCUAAGUGGCAAUGAGGCUAUUCCGAUCGUCGACACCACUAAUUUUCCUCUGCGCCUCUUCUCGCCCGUUAUUUUCACAUCGAAUUUAUUGUUUACUCGGGGGCGUCCUGCAAAGCUGACUGCAGCCAAGUUAGCUCAGCAGAAGAAACAAUUGCUUCAACAACAAGAAAAGCAACUUCAACAGCAUAUGUUGUUACAGCAACGGAUUGAAGAGGAAUACCUAGGACGUAGUCGUAGCCGUCAAGAAGAACUCGAAACAACCGAGGAUUUGGGCCUGCAACGCCGACAAUCUUCGCGGUUCUCAAACUCUCCGUCGCCAACGCGUGGACCAUACCGCUACCAACAGCCGCCAUCGCAACCGCGAAUACCUUCAACAACGCGUAAUGCAAACGUUUUCCCGGAUCGUAACCGAUUCAUAGGGGGUGGUCCCCCUAGUGUACCAUCAUCUGCCAGUUCGUCAGCACACUCGGUACAAACGGUUCGUCGCAGGUAGUCGAACAAUUUUUUCGAAACAAAUUUAAUAUUUGUGCAGCUGUUGACCACAAAACGUAAACGACCUAUCAUAUCGACUGCUG